AUGCACGAGGCGUAUAGACGUUACGGCCAUUCCAAGUCUUUUCACUGCAACUCUUGCGACUCACGCCUAAUUUGUCCGCGGGCAGCGUGUAGGAACACCGAAUGUCCCCUUCUAGGCGUUACUCCGAAGCGGUGCAAAGCAUCGAAGCGAACUACUAUUCACUUCCUGCAAAUCGAGCCGCAACUGUCACUAAUACUUGGAAGGAUCCUCAGUCGCCUAAUUCAAACUCACAGACAAAUUCAUGCCGAGGAUGACAGUGGCAAGCGGAGCGAAACCUAUUCAUUCCCAUGGUACAAGCGAUUCAUCGAAACGCACACGGACUUUGACGAAUGCAAGAUCAAUAUCAUCUUGACUAUUAACUUUGACGGCGUCAAACUAAAGAAACUGUCGCGGUCUGUGCUCGACAUCAGUGCUUUGGCCGUCGCAAACCUGGCCUAUCUACCUUCGCAUCGAAGGUCUGCCGUUCAAGGAGAAAAACAAGGUCGAAAACAUAGUAUUGGCUGGCAAACGUUUUCAAAAAAGACCCCACAGAAACUCUGCUGCGAGAAAUGUUUUCUCGGUCAACUUCGUAGCGAACUGGAGGCGCUGCUGGACAGCGGAAUUCCCAUUGUUGUAGAUGAUCGCACCUGGUUCUGCACCCCUGUACUGUCCAAAGGUGUCAUUGACUUCAGUGCCUUAAAAACACUAUACGACUUACCCCGCUGGCAGUCACAGAACGGUUGCCAUCUGUGCACUUUCGAGGGUGAAAGAAGGUGUCAUCGAGUGAUUUGGUUCCCCAGGUUCCCUUAUGCAGGAGAUCGUCGCACAUUUGCCUCAAUAACUCGGGAUGCCAUAACCCGUUGGUGCAGUCGCCGUGCUCGCAUACUGAAUAUUAGUGCGCGUGUUGGAAAAGAGCGCAGAGCUGAUUGCUGUGCACGGUGCAUGAUUUCCCAGGAGUGCAGGAAUUGUUUCCUUCUCCGCAAAGAGGCAGUGGACCAGUUGGUGAAAGAGACAGAGCAAAUUAGCAAUGAGUACUUGGACCGUCUGAACGCUAAGAUCACAGCAGGCGAUAAUCUUAGUCACCGCUUAUGCAAAGGAAAUAAGAAGUACUCCUCGGCAGUUUAUAAGAAAAAAACGAUGGACACUGUGCAGGAAUACGUCUACCUGGAAGUCAAUGGGGUUCCCCAAUUUGGACAAGUGAUCAUCUUCGCAUUCGAUUCUUGGACGAACGAGUGCCGCGUACUGCUGCGGAAGUUUGACCGAGGACCCGUUCAUAGCACUCGUUCAAGCCCUGGACAGCAGCCAACACAGUGCCACCUACAGAGCACGCUCUGCCCUCUACGAUAUUCGUCGCUGUAA